UCCGGACAUCGUAAUUCUCCUCACGCCAUUUACCAACCAUGACUAAAGCACAAGAGAUGUAUCCUCUCGGCCGUGACGAGAUUGAGUCACGCCGGUUGAAUGAACAACACAAACUCCUGCUAGACAUUGUCGGCGGCGCCAUAGACAAGGAUGUGCCAUUGGACAAUAUUUCCACGGUCGCCGACGUCGCUACUGGGACUGGGGUUUGGCUUUGGGAUGCGCAAAAGCAGCUGAAUGAAGGCGCAGGCGAAUCUGAGCGUCAAUUCCACGGCUUCGACAUUUCUGCUGCCCAGUUCCCACCAGCUCCCGCUGGGAUAUCGUUCUCCGAGCACGACAUCUUCCAACCCUUCCCAGCGGAGCAUCUUAACCGCUACGACCUGGUCCAUGUUAGGCUACUGGUCACUGCAUUUCCGGAGUCAGAGUUUAAAAAGGCAGUGGAAAACCUACUUACCAUUCUAAAACCUGGUGGCUACCUGCAGUGGAGUGAAGUCGACUUCGCCCAUGUAGAGGCAGGGAGCGUCGACCACCCGAAAGGCCCAGCAUCUGCGUUACCCUGGAUGAAGUUCACGGAGGUAACGAAAAUCAGCAAAUGCGCCCCGGACGCGCUGUAUAAUGCCUACACCAGUGCUGGACUCGUGAAUGUUGUUAACCGAUCGUCCACUAUUCGCGGACGGACGGACUUGACGGAACGUGCGCAAGAGUGGGAGAGGAAGUUCUUUUCUGCUAUGAUGCACGUUGUUUUGCUCAGAAUAGGCGAGGCAGCCGACGAAGAUGAAGCGAACAGAAAGGCUGCGGUGAUAAAACUAGAUCUUGAGGAAUAUUUUGCUGCUGGGAAGGUGAUAGACGUGCGGUUCGGGACAGUUAUAGGCCAGAAGCCGAAUUAGACACAACAUAUACAGUAUAGGAUUCCAAAUUAGAUCAAGAGCUGCAAUAAUAGCAAAAGAAAAAUGGCCAUUGCUAAUUAAAAGAAUAUGACAUUCCCGAGCCAGCAUAUCGAGAUAUCUGGAAUAGCGCUGGGGCUGAGAAAGCAUGGGUGAACAUUGGCUAAACAAGUCUAUUAUUUAUUUAUUUAAGGCGCUCAGCCGUCUCUAAUCCGCUAUACCGACCCCUGAAGAGAACCAUCCGUCCUGCUGAUUUUACUGCCAGAUCGUUCAAUCUUGCGCAAGAUUCUGGCGGGGUUUCCAGCAGCAACGUGGCAAGGCGCGACGUCCUUUGUCACAACACUCCCCGCCCCAAUGGUACAGCCAUCGCCGACCGUAACUCCAGGCAGGAUGAUGACAUUGCCGGCGAUCCAGCAGUCCUGGCCGAUGGUAACACAGCCAC